CUGGUGCCCUGUGCGUGGCCGUGUCAUUGUUAUUUGGAAAUUGAAACUCGAGCUGCGAGCAGGUUGCUGUCGAAUUAGAAUUAAAUCAUAACUGAAAACCAAACAAAUAUUUGUGAAAUUCAAGAAACGUUAUCGAGCGAGUUAAUAACGCGCAAUAAAUCGGAGGAAAUUGUGCGGAAAAGCGGACGAAAAGUGCGCAUUUUGAGGGUGCUGCAAAUUAGAUAAACGAAAUUCAUGCAUUAAUCGACAAAUGAGACGCGUUUGAUUGUCUGCAUGGGAAAUAAUUUAACGACAAACGGAAUUGUACGGAUCGACCGGGGCAGAAUCGUAUUCUUUGACAGGAGCAUCGAGUCCCAGGCUUCAAAAGGGGAGCUUGAGAUGGCGUCGACAGCUGCAGCUGCGGGCGAAGGGGAAACCGAAGUGACUGGCACACACAUCGAACAGUUGCCGAAUGAUCUGUGGAUCGAGAUCAUGUCUUACUUAUCCUACUUGGAUCUGCAGCAGUUGCGUUUGGUUUCUUGGCGCUGUCGCGAUUUGGUCAAUCGUCGUUACUUUCUCAACAAAGCGAAAGUGAUUGUAACGAAAGAGAAUCUGAAGGAAAUGAAGUCGCAUGUGGAGCGCGGAAUUUCCUAUCUGAGUUUCGAGUAUCUCGAGUUGCGCAACUUGAGUCAGAGUAAAGACUUGGAGCAAUUCCUUCGCAUGGUGGGACCAGAGGUGAAGGACAUGCAAGUGCGACAUUCGCCGGUUUUUCGCAAUAUGGAUGGAAAGUUGCCCAACCUGAAAAUACUUCGCAUUGCCACAACGAGUUUCUUGGAGGACACGAGUGUCAGCAUCGAUGGCAUCAAUAUGAAGCAGUUCUUGCAUCUCAAUGGCUUCGAAUGUGAUGGCGUUAGUCUCGACUCUUCGCUCAAGCUGCUGAUGCUGAUGCAGCUGCGUCGCAUGGAGAACAAAGUGCGACUGCGUCAUCUGCAGUUCGAGUAUCGACGGAAUAACGAGAGCGCUUUGCUGCAAGUGUUGUACGAUCAUGCUGCCACCUUGGAGUGCGUUGACAUCUUCUUCAGCUGCUCGCCGGGCAUAGAUACCACCGAUUGGUGCCUCGCCUUUGAGCAGAUGAAUCGACUGCGCACGUUAAAGCUUUCGGGCAAUUGUCACCUGGUGCUGCUCGAUGAUAUACUCGAUUCCAUUCCAGAGACGGCGCAGUUGCAGCAACUCGAUCUCACUGGCAUGCUCUCGCUGACCAACGAAAUGCUUUUGCGUGUGGCCAGCAAAUGGCACAAUACUCUUCGUUCCCUCGAUCUCAUGUUCUGCGUGCAACUCGACGUGCGUUGCGUUCAAGCUUUGAGGCAACUCAGCGGCUGCCUGCAAUCGUUGACUAUGGCUUAUUGUCGUGCGCUGACUGGACGGGGAUUGGUGGAAGGAUUGACGUCGCAAACGAAUUAUAUGCUUCAGGAACUGUAUCUGGAGGAUGUGUGCUUCAUCGACGAGGCUUCCAUGUGCACCAUGCUCAAGCGGUUGCCCAAUUUGCGCAAGCUUAGCCUGGACAACUGUCGACAGGCAACCACCGAUCAAACUUUGGCCACCAUCUUCCAACAUCAAACGCUGCUGCGUGUGCUGCGAAUUGAUUAUUGCGUCAAGAUCACCGACAAUGGCUUCAUUGGCUUUGGCAAGCAACCGUAUCCCAUUUCUAGACUUCGUGGCUUGCGGAAGUUGAGCAUUCGCGGUUGUCGCAACAUCACGGAUCGCAUGCUGAAGAAGGCUCUGCAAAUGCCCGAGAUGCUCAGCCUCACUCUAGAUUAUUGCAAUCGGCUGGAGACGAAAGGAAUUGCUGCAGUCAGCGUCAAUUGUCCUGCAUUGCAAAUGAUUUCCUUGGCCAGCUGCUCGUUGCUCGAUGAUGAAGCUGUGCAUCUGGCUGUCAGCAAUCUAAAGCGUCUGCGAAUUCUCAACAUAAGCAAUUGUUCGUUGUUGACGCUUCGCGCAUUCCAGCACAUCGCCAAGGAGGCGCGCAAUCUGCGGGAUUUGGUGGCGUGCAGCAUCGAUGGCCUGGAUCACGAGGCAGCGCAGAAGAUGCUCGCCAAGGAGCUGCCAGAACUGAAGCAGGUGAUGCUAUAGCAGGAGAGGCUUGUCCACUGACUAGACGACAACAAUCCGCACGCAGGCUGGGGCACCGACGACGAGGACGAACCGGAGAUUAUAGAGGUUGUGGUAUGAGUGGCAAGAUGUUCAAGGAGCAGAAGGAAUAGGAGAAGAGGGAGAAGGGAAAUGAAUAAGAGAAGCUAGAAGAGAAGUUGAAGACGACUCGAUAAAACAGCUAAGAAUUAAAUAAGAAU